UUGGGAGGCCACAAUACAUAGAAAAAAAUCUAGCCGUACACUGUUUUCUUUCAAUGUACAUGCACGUAUAAAAAAAAAUACAAAUCUGUCAUAAAAUAAUUCUCCAGUACAUGAACGUUUUUUAUCUUAUACAUUAAAUUUGAUACAUUAUUGAGGUUAUCAUUUGCUCAUUAUCAUUAACAGAAUGAUUACAUUUUGAACCCAAAGUUUUAUAAAAAUUUGCAAAAUUUAAUAUCAUUUAUAGUGAAAUACCUCAGUAGAAAGCAUCGAAAGUUUUUAACGAUUACUCAAUAAAAUAAAUUAAACAAUUCAUAAUGCGGUUAAUAAUUGGUGAUAAUGUUGAUUAUGUUGCCGAAUGGUCUGCAAAAUAUGUGAUGAAAAGAAUCCACGAUUUUCAGCCAAAUGAAGAUAAAUAUUUCGUCCUUGGCCUGCCUACAGGCGGUACACCGUUGGGAAUGUACAAAAAGCUGAUAGAAUAUUAUAAAGCUGGAAAAAUAUCAUUUAAAUAUGUCAAGACUUUUAACAUGGACGAAUAUGUUGAUUUGCCCCGAGAUCAUCCAGAAUCUUAUCAUUAUUACAUGUACAAUAACUUUUUUAAACACAUCGAUAUUGACCCAAAAAAUGUUCACAUUCUUGAUGGCAAUGCAACUGACUUAGUAUAUGAAUGUGAUGAAUUUGAAAGAAAAAUAAAAGAAGCCGGAGGUGUUGAAUUGUUCAUUGGAGGAAUUGGACCAGAUGGCCAUAUUGCAUUUAACGAACCUGGUUCGUCUUUAUGUUCUCGAACAAGAGUAAAAACUCUUGCUCAAGAUACUCUAGAAGCUAAUGCUCGAUUUUUUGGAAAUGACAUCAAUAAAGUUCCAAAACAAGCUUUAACUGUUGGCGUGGGAACUGUAAUGGAUGCUAAGGAAGUUAUGAUUUUAAUUACUGGAUCUCAUAAAGCAUUUGCACUCUAUAAAGCUGUGGAAGAAGGGAUUAAUCACAUGUGGACUGUUUCUGCAUUUCAACAACAUCCUCGAACAUUAUUCAUUUGUGAUGAGGAUGCCACUCUAGAAUUGCGUGUGAAAACUGUCAAAUAUUUUAAGGCAUUGAGCGAAGUACAUCGGAAACUCAUUGAAGAAGAUAGUUCCUUUCCUCGUCAACUCGUCAAAUAAUAUUUCAAAUAUUAAUUAUACAUAUAUCACGGAGGAGAUGAAUUUUGAUGCAAUUGUCACGUUGUAAAGUUUAUAUAAAAUAAUUUUAACUGCCAUUUGUAUACAAUAUACAAAAUAAUGCGAGAGUAUAACAAAUAUAUUUUCGUACUAUUAAA